CGGCCGUGGGCGGGCGGCGGCGGCCCCACCAUGCUCAACGUGCCGAGCCAGGGUUUCCCGGCGGCGGGCUCUCAGCAGCGCGCCGCCUCGGGCGGGAGAGCCAAGGUACCUUUAAAGAAAGGCAGAAGCCUUAUGGAUUGGAUUCGAUUGACAAAAAGUGGAAAAGAUCUAUCAGGACUGAGAGGAAGAUUGAUAGAAGUAACUGAAGAAGAGCUCGCUAAGCAUAACAAAAAAGAUGACUGCUGGGUGUGCAUAAGAGGACUUGUUUACAAUGUUAGCCCGUACAUGGAAUAUCAUCCUGGCGGGGAGGAUGAGCUGAUGAGAGCAGCGGGAACAGAUGGCACAAAUCUGUUUGAUCAGGUUCAUCGUUGGGUCAACUAUGAGUCUAUGUUGAAAGAAUGUCUUAUUGGAAGAAUGGCAGCCAAACCUGCUGCUGCUGCUAAAGAGAAUCGUGAAGAGAAGAAACAUUUAAAUGGCAUGCUUCCUAAGAGCCAAAUUUCAGAAACACUUGCCAAAGAUAAUACCCCAAGCUAUGAUUGGUUCCAAACAGAAUCCUCGGUCACUAUUGCCAUCUACACAAAACAAAAGGAUUUAGAUUCCGAGUUGGUGAUCGUUGACUACCAAGAUGGUUCCUUGAGAGCAGAGAUAGUUAUUAAGGAGAAUUCAUAUCUUCUACAUUAUGAGCUGAGCUAUGCAAUUCAAGAGGACAUUCAAGUACGCAUUGCUGAAAAAGUGGGGAAAAUAGAGAUCAUUCUGAAGAAAAAAGAUAGCAUCGCUUGGAAAAAUCUUGGACAUCCCUUGGAAAACCAUAAUUCUUUUAUUUCCCACAGAGACACGGGAUUGUUCUACCGAAAAUGCCAGCUGAUUUCUAAGACGGAUGUCACCCAUGAUACCAAACUUUUCUGCUUAAUGCUGCCUCCAAGUUCUCAUCUUCAGGUGCCUUUAGGGCAGCACGUUUACCUCAAGCAAACCAUCGCAGGGACAGAAAUAGUGAAGCCGUAUACACCUGUGUCAGGUUCCUUGCCAUCAGACUUCCCGGAUCCCUAUCAUCCUUAUAACAAAUACAUAUAUUUUAUUAUUAAAAUCUAUCCCAAUGGACUUUUCACACCACAAUUUGAUCGUCUUCAACUUGGAGAUUAUGUUUCUGUGAGCAGUCCCGAAGGCAAUUUUAAAAAGUCUCAGCUUCAAGCAAUAGAAGAUCUCUUUUUAUUGGCAGCUGGAACAGGCUUCACCCCGAUGGUUAAACUACUAAAUUACGCUUUGACUAAAAUUACCAGUCUCAGGAAAGUGAAGCUACUGUUCUUCAACAAAACAGAAGAAGAUAUACUUUGGAGAAGCCAGUUGGAGCAAUUAGCACUCAACGAUCAAAGGUUUGAAGUGGAGUUUAUUCUCUCAGAACCCCACUCCGGAUGGUCAGGCCGACGGGGGAGGAUGUCCUUAACUCUCCUGUCUGACGGUGUUAAAAGAAGCCAAGACGGGUCUAACGUUCUCAUCUGCAUCUGCGGCCCGGCCCCUUUCACGGAACUAGGAAUGAGGUUGCUACAGGAUCUUAAUUAUUCCGAAGAAGAGCUUCAUAGUUUUACCGCAUAAAACAAAAAGACCACCACCAAUCCAAUCAAAUUGAUUUAUCUACAUUCAUGAUUGUUGAAACUUUUUUAAGGAAAACUUUUUUUGUAUGAACACCGUGUCUUUACUCAGUCCAGUCAUUUCUUUCUUCAAUGACAUGCACCUUUCACUGGAGUAAAAUAAUUUAAUACUGUGUUACACCUUGCAUCAUUUCAUAGCUUUUAUCAGAGGGAUGAAUUAAUCUUGUAAACAAAUGAACUGUUUUAGAUAUCAUUGUUUAUUCCUCCCUAUUUAAAAUUACUGUCUCACAGUUAUACAAUUAGAACCCUUUGCUAGUAUUUUACAACCCGUUGUGUAGUAAAUGAACCCUUUUAUUACCUCUUCGUUACUGUAAAAUGUCUUAUUAGCAAUACAGGUUAAAUUAUACAUUGCACAGUUACCUCAGGAAAUGAUCGUUAAUGUUCUUGUAAUUGCUAUUGAAACACGGAAUGUUCUGAGUUUUUAAGUGAUUGAAACAAGUUCUUGUACAUAAUAUCAAUUCGUAGUAGAAUAAAAUGGUAAAUUAGUGCUUUUUAAAAGAUGAAGCAGUCAGUGAAUGUUCAACCCCGAGGGUGUAUUUCUCCAAGAUCUGAGAGUCAUUAUUUGGGGUUUGGGAACUGUUGUUUUCCUGAGAGAGACAGGGUUAGGAGGCCGUGUGGCAGUCAAGUCAGAACCCUGCCGGGAGGAUGGCGAGAGCGUCGAGCUUGAGUCAGGCGAAGGUUUGAAAGCAGGUAUGUGUUCGUGAAGCUGAAUUUGUGUCCAGAAUUUCCACUGGGUUGCAAGCACUGUGUUAACACACCAUUGCCGCACUGGGCUCACAUUCAAAGAACAUGCUUCUCAAAUGGUCCCAGAUAUCACCGAGGCCUUUUGCAACUCUUAGGCGAAUAAACCAAGACCCUCUAAAGUUGAACUUUAGAGACUAUGGAUAUGGAUUUUCACCAUUUUUUUUGCUUCAAAGAUGGAAAAAAGCCUCUAAAUAUUAAAAAGAAUGCAAUUUUA